UUUCGCUCGUGACCCAAACAUCACUAAACUAUCACAAACCGUCAAGGUAAGAUCGAUCUGUUGGUCGUUAUCGUAGCGAACUAGACCAGUUUCACAAGGUUUUCGAUUCAUUAAUAGUCUUCUGUGUUCCAAGGUUGCUUCAGCCAAUAAUCUGUCGGGGACAGUUCGACAUAAUAUUGAUAGCCUCUCGAGAGUAGCAUGUGUUCAUGGGAUUGAAUUUCCCAUUGCACCAGUUUUAAGCCAAGGAAUUGACAUUAGUAAUUAUUCAAGGCUGUUCACGGGUUCCACAGCUGAGCUCGUCAGUUGGACGGGGACGUUGCCGGUAGUAGCAGCAAAAAUCCCCGACCUGCAAAUUGGAGAAGUUGGUAUUACACCUCGCUGGAGCGAAAUGGUCUCAGUGUUACCUCGUAUGCCUGUUGAAAGCGGCAUGAAUUCCGUGAACUCUGUUAUUUUGCCGCAGAGGAACAGUUUUCGACCGAAGAAAAAGCUAACCAGGCUCGUAAAUGGACUCAAAGCCCAGGACAUUACAAAUCAAUACUCUUUUCCACCGCAACUGUUCAUAACCUCGAAAACGAACACAAAAAAGACGCGGUUCUCUGUUCCGCAGAUUAUAAUUGACACAGUGGAGGAUGAACGGCCUUGGGAGAACAUGCAAGGGCCAAGGCGAAGACUACAGAGCUACACGAGACCAGGACUAAGCUGCAAUACAAACUUUCUUCACCCUGCCUACACCAUGUGUGCCGCGGUUUCUGCGAAUGACCCCGGCGCUCUCAAAAAUAUAAUUCUCUCGGGGACCGUGAAUAUUGAUCACCUAACGUCGAGCGGCGCUUCUGCACUACACGAGGCUGCUUACGACGGGAAAGUUGCUUGUGUGCAUGCUUUACUUCAAUGCGGAGCUGACGUGAACAUUGUAGACAGUGAGGGCUGGACGCCGCUUCACGCGGCAGUGUGUGGUAGAAACAGACAGUGCGCGGAGCUGCUUAUUCGACGCGGCGCGAACGUCAGAGCGAAAACUGACGAUGGACUUAUGCCGCUGGGAAUUGCGCUGCAGCAGAAAGACAGAGACAUGAUCAAACUAUUAACCUCGCUUUCUAAUCAGACGCAAACGACGAACAGGUCGAAAUCUUGCUCCUACAAACAAGCGAAGGGACUUUUUUCGACCUUCAGUGUGCGAACUAGACCAGUUUCACAAGGUUUUCGAUUCAUUAAUAGUCUUCUGUGUUCCAAGGUUGCUUCAGCCAAUAAUCUGUCGGGGACAGUUCGACAUAAUAUUGAUAGCCUCUCGAGAGUAGCAUGUGUUCAUGGGAUUGAAUUUCCCAUUGCACCAGUUUUAAGCCAAGGAAUUGACAUUAGUAAUUAUUCAAGGCUGUUCACGGGUUCCACAGCUGAGCUCGUCAGUUGGACGGGGACGUUGCCGGUAGUAGCAGCAAAAAUCCCCGACCUGCAAAUUGGAGAAGUUGGUAUUACACCUCGCUGGAGCGAAAUGGUCUCAGUGUUACCUCGUAUGCCUGUUGAAAGCGGCAUGAAUUCCGUGAACUCUGUUAUUUUGCCGCAGAGGAACAGUUUUCGACCGAAGAAAAAGCUAACCAGGCUCGUAAAUGGACUCAAAGCCCAGGACAUUACAAAUCAAUACUCUUUUCCACCGCAACUGUUCAUAACCUCGAAAACGAACACAAAAAAGACGCGGUUCUCUGUUCCGCAGAUUAUAAUUGACACAGUGGAGGAUGAACGGCCUUGGGAGAACAUGCAAGGGCCAAGGCGAAGACUACAGAGCUACACGAGACCAGGACUAAGCUGCAAUACAAACUUUCUUCACCCUGCCUACACCAUGUGUGCCGCGGUUUCUGCGAAUGACCCCGGCGCUCUCAAAAAUAUAAUUCUCUCGGGGACCGUGAAUAUUGAUCACCUAACGUCGAGCGGCGCUUCUGCACUACACGAGGCUGCUUACGACGGGAAAGUUGCUUGUGUGCAUGCUUUACUUCAAUGCGGAGCUGACGUGAACAUUGUAGACAGUGAGGGCUGGACGCCGCUUCACGCGGCAGUGUGUGGUAGAAACAGACAGUGCGCGGAGCUGCUUAUUCGACGCGGCGCGAACGUCAGAGCGAAAACUGACGAUGGACUUAUGCCGCUGGGAAUUGCGCUGCAGCAGAAAGACAGAGACAUGAUCAAACUAUUAACCUCGCUUUCUAAUCAGACGCAAACGACGAACAGGUCGAAAUCUUGCUCCUACAAACAAGCGAAGGGACUUUUUUCGACCUUCAGUGUGUAAUUAAUGCGUGGGAGCAAGCAACACUUUCGCAAGGACCCAAAUAAACCGCCAAUAACGCAUAUAUUUAAGGCUUCCAGGAGGCAGGCAGGUAUUUAAAGAAGCUGACGAAAAUUCCGUUUGACGUAUGCGUGUUUCCUUCGUUUCACUUUGUCGCUUCCCCUUUCAGUUGUAAAUGGCUAAAACAGUGUUUAAUCUUUAGUAUAAAUAGAAGAGAACGUGUUUCUGUCUGUCACCUUCCAUUGGAGUUUACACCUUUUUUUCAAAAACGUGUUGCGGAGAGUGACUUAAAUCCGGUCGUUAUAUAAUAUGCCAUAGGCGAGAAGC